CAAACAACAAUGUCAAUGAUUUUCAAACGUUUUUACACUGCUUGCACUGCUGCCGAAGCUAAAGCUAUCCUCUCUUCAUUCCCAAAGAGUGAUAUGGAUGCUAAAAUCAAAAACUUAUUAAAAAACAAUGCCGAUAUUGCCAAAAAAUAUAACUUAACUUAUACUCCAUUAACCGAAGAACAAGAAGUUCAACAAAUUAUUAAAUAUUCAGAACAAAUGGAAAAAGCUAGAGAACAUGCUUUUGAAGAAUAUGGUCAAAGAUUCAAAGAUGUCCAACCAUUACCAGAAAAAACUGUCCAAGAUUUUGUCAAAGGUUUAUAAAUAGAUAUUUAAUAAUAGUAUAAUAAUAAUAAUUUAAUUUUAAAAAAUCAUGGUAAUAUUAUAAAAAAAAAAAAAAAACUUCAAAUAAAAAAAACUAUAUAAAUUAACAAAUAAAAAAAAUAUUUAAAAUAUA